CCCCCCCUCCAGCUCCUCCUCCCUCUGCCGACUCGGGUCUCCCUCCACCAUAGUAUUUCUUCUCUCGUUCUCCCCUCCCUCCUCUUCGGAUCCUUUCCUCUCUUUUUCUUUCUCUCCAGAUUUUCCCUCCAGAUCACUCCCAAAAGUCAAUCGUCGCGCAUCAAGCUAUUUUCCCCUUUAGCAUUGUACCCACAUCCAACAUACUGCACUCGCACGCGCGACUAGCACAUAAUCAUCCCUCCAAGUAAUUGAGUCACAUCCUCACACUCCCACAUAGGGAGUCUUCCAAACUUGGUCUUGAAUCAUUAUUAUCAUCAUUGCACAUCUUAUCCACCAGCGCAAUGGCUGUUACCACCAUCGAUAUCAUCCCUAAAACCUCUUCCUCUCCUCUUUCCUCCAACAACCCCUCCAUGAAUAAGCGUUGGCCUCCUCUCGCCGACAAGACUUCUCUCCCUUACAAGCUCACCACCCUCUCGCGUCAGAAACUGGCUCGCGAGGCCACCGCCCCGGACCCGGACAUCCGCCGCUGCCUUGGCCACUUCCGUCUACACUGCCGGUCUAUGGAGUGGGCGCAGAAGGAUAUGUCAACGCGCAUCAACUCGUUCGAGAUGGAGGACGACGAGUCUGAGGAUGAGGAGGACAGGGAGGACGAGAACAAGAAGCUUUUCGACGACCGCAAGGAUGAAGAUCAAACCUCGAUCAAGCCCGCUUCCACCGAGCCUGCCGACAAGGCCACCUCGGAAUUGGAGACCACCACUGUCCACGUGAGCUUCCACGUCUCGACUCCCUCGGCUGCCGACAAGGAGAAGGAGAAGGAGAAGGAAGGAGGACUACUGGAGAAGGGCCGCAACUGCUUGGAGAAGACGGUCCAAAGGAACCAUUUCUGGCCCUCGCCGGGUCAAUGCCUGCCUGUCCGAAUUGCAGGUUAACCUCCUCGCUGCGUUGCAACGCUUCAACUCAUCUCAACUCACCUCAUCAACUUCCAACAUUCACUCUACGGAACACCUGAUCUCGCUCUCAUCAAACCAACCUCGAAUCCGAUCACCGGAAAAACCAACAAAGUCACUAUCACCUUCCACCUCAUUAAUUAUAAUCACGAACGUCACGAAGCCACGAUUUUCUUUCUACCUGUUACCAUCACCAUUUCAUCUAUACAUAUAAGCAGCGGAGUUCGAGUUCGAUCAUCAUUCUCAUUCAGAACCAUGGACAGGUUCCAUUACUAGCUUGGCGUUGGUGUGCAAAGCUAUUUUACAGAUCACAGGUGUUAAUUGCAAGAGGAUCGGAGCACAGCGAACUGGGAUGCGGCCAGACAGCACAGCAUUGGAUAUCGAUCGGGA